AUGUUGUUCCCUCUAGUUGAAUCUUCUCUCCCUGACGAAACUUUAAAGGCCUGGGAGCGAUUCCGAACUACACAUAGACGAGUGAGUGAGGAGGUGACGUUUAGUUUAACAACCGAGGGAAAAGAUACCUCUUCAUGUAGGAAAAUGCCAAGUAAUGAUCUAGAUCGGCUUUUAGACUUUCUUCAGGAUGAAGUGGAGGGAGAAGAGAGAAUUGUGUUAGCCUCCCAAAGUUUUGAUCAACCUAAAAAAUCAAGCUUUUCCAACAGUCGUCGAGAAUCUAACGAGAAGAAGUUUCAAACAAGAGUAUCAUCAGCAACGGAUCUUUUGGCCUCUAAUAUCAAUAAGAAGAAGCUUUGCAUUUUUUGUACUGAGGAACAAAAUUCAUGGAACUGUGAAAAAGCUUCUAAACUGACUUUGCAUGAAAAACAAAGUGCUGUAGAGAAGGCCCGUUGUUGUUUCUUGUGUUUGAGAGAGGGACAUGGAGUGAAGACGUGCCGUUCCAAAUUCAACUGUCAAUUAUGUGGGAAGAAGCAUCAUUUAUUUUUAUGUAGAGCAUUGUCACCAGAACCCAAUUCUUCCUCUGUCCCUACAGAUAUUAAAGUUCGAGAAUCAAUGAUACAACACGACGAAGCUCUGGCCAACUUGUCUAAAUGUUCCAAUGUUUUCCUACAAACUUUAACAUUCUUGUGA